UUUAAAAUUUCAACAACAAACAAACAAACUAGGACACAUCUAGAGAGAGGGUGUCUGAAAAGGUCUAUCUUUCUGUUUAGGCUUUCAUAUUCCAUGUGAAAGCUGCUGAGAAAAGGUUAUUUGUACUUUGUUUCUGGUGUUAUGUGUUCUCGGCAUCUUUUACAGUCAGAUUUUGCAAAAGGUUAGAUUUUCUGACCCUUUUCCCUUUUUCCUUUUUCCACCUGAAAUAUGGUUACUUUUUUCUCUAUCGAUCUCCUUCUGAUUUGGUGAAAAUUUUCGAGUUUUAAUGAACACCAAAGCUAUCCUGUUGGUUUUUUUUUGCCUUUGAAUGUAAUGAAAGCUGGAGUGGCUCAAAAAUUGAUUUGUAUAUUUGGCCAGCAGGACUAAACAAUUCCAGCAUAUACAGGAAAUAAUUGAUGCUAUUUUUUCCAGCUGAAAUGCUGAGAAUUAUAUCGUAGAAGACUUCGGGGGCUUGGAUAUUGAAGAAAAGAGAAGGGAAUAAUAAGGAUGGGUUAUAUGUGUGAAUUUUGCGGAGAAGAGAGAUCUAUUGUAUACUGCCAGUCUGAUACUGCUUGUUUGUGUCUGUCCUGUGACCAAAAUGUUCAUUCCGCAAAUGCCCUCUCGCGCCGCCAUCUCAGGACACUUGUAUGUGAAAGAUGUAACGGGCAACCCGCUUUCGUUAGAUGUAUGGAGGAAGGGGUAUGUCUAUGCGAGAGUUGUGAUUGGGCGGGGCACUCGGGUGGGUCAACCCACAAGAGACAAGCAGUUAGUUGUUAUUCGGGCUGUCCUUCGGCUUCUGAGCUUUUGGCGAUGUGGUCUUUUUGCUCUGAAUUCACUUCGGUCAGUGAUGAUUUCGCUUGUGAACAGGGAAUGGGUUCAAUGUGCAUCACUGAUAGCCAAGGAGCACCUGAAAGGAAUAACAACUUCAAUGAAGAUGUGGGUGAAGGCGAAGACAUAAAAUACGAGAAUAUUCGAGUGGUGCCACAAAACAGAGCUACCAGCUCCGCUUCAACCAAGGUUUGCUGUUCUGGAACUAAAGGUCAGAGUUUCUGCGAAGAUGGUUCUUUUAAUAUGGGUUUCGAUGUGGAUGAAAUUGAUAUUGGUUUUGAAAACUACGAAGAACUAUUUGACAUGUCUCUUAACAAUCAAGAAUGCAUGUUUGAAGAUGACCUGUUCAACACGAAUGAUAUUUCCAGUUCCCAGGGGAAAGCAAUGCAACCAACAUACAGCAAUGCUGAUUCCAGAACAGAACCUAAUCUUUGUUACACCAGAGAGGGCAUUACGGAGGAUUGUCAUCAGGACCGUGUUGCUUCCUCGAUGAUCCUCAUGGGAGAGCCACCGCCGUGGACCUCCCCGGCUUCUGAUAAUUUAAUGCCAUCCACUAUUAGGAGCGAUGCUGUGUUACGCUACAAAGAAAAGAAAAAGACGCGCAAGUUUGAAAAGCAAGUUAGGUAUUCGUCGCGCAAGGAAAGAGCUGAUGUUAGACGGCGUGUGAAGGGGCGAUUCAUCAAGGCUGGUGACGCUUAUGAUUAUGAUCCACUCACCCCUACCAAAAGCUACUGAGUAUAAUUUUUCAUCUUUACAUAUGAAGGAAAAGACACACACACACACACAUCCAAGCAGAUAUAUCUGGAAGAACUUAUUAUGUAUUUUUUUUUUUGAACUGGUGGUAGGUAUUUUCAUUCUUUAUCGGGGAAUCUCAAUCUGAUCUCAUUUUGAAUGGAGAAUAUUGGGUAUAUCUCCCUCAUGGGUGAGCAUAUGAUUGGGCGCAGCCGAGGUUUUCUUACAACAUCGCCACAGAUAUGAUUACAAAAGAAAAGGUUGGAUGACAUGAUGUUUGGCCAUUGACAAAUGAACAUGCAAUCAUGGAGUUUUGGGCAUUUUGCAUUGAUUUAAAUCACAAGUUGUAUGCUUAAGUGUCUGAACUUGUAUGCAUCAUCGAACUACUCGAUCUCUUGGAUGGAUUCAGUCUCGGGUUCGGCUUUGGAAGAUAGAAGUACUGUAAUUUUUGCCUUAUAUUUAUUCAUGUCAUGCAUCAUCUUACCCACAUUGUGCAAUAUGUAGGAGUUCAGUGUAUGUUGCACACAGUGGCGGAGCCAGAGAUUUUUCAGAGGAGGGGCAUACUUAAGACUAAGAAUUUUGUGUCUUUGCUCAAAACUUAAUAAUAAAAACAAUAAAAGCUUAAUACAUUAGCACAUAUUAGAUCAUUACAUACUGAUUGAUUUAUGUCUAUAAUCUCGGUAGAUCAAUUUUAUAAUUUGUUCAAAAUGUUGUAUAAUAACUUUAUGUUGGAAAAACACGACCCUAGCCUUUUUCAAGAUCACGAGCUCAUAGACUCUUGUACACUUAUAUAUCCACACACUCACAAUACGAAGACUAGAUCUGACAAUAUCACUUUGUAUUAUUCCCAUUCACUUUUUGUAUAUGAGACUACUUCAGUCUACCUAAGUUGAUCACAUACACUACGUCAAACGAUACCUUUGAGCCUUCUUUUCUCACAAGAAGACUUUCACUCUCCUCUUUGAAGAAGACUCUCACUUUCACUCGCUCAAGAGCUCUCAUCAAUGUUCUCAUAUAAAUGAGAAGCUUCUCUAUAAAUCUCAUCAAAGUUUCUCCAGAAUUUUUUAUACACCACUACACAUCUAGAUUCUUCCAAAAAGUAUCCACAAGCUUCUCUUAUCUUUUGGAAGUAUUUAGAAAACCACACAAUUCUUCAAAAUGCUCUAGAGGCUUCCACAUGAUUUUAGUAAGCUCCACAUUUCUCUAAAAAAAAAACCCUACAUUAUUAUUCUAGAACACUCAACACUUCUCUACACACAUAUAUAGAAUCUUGGAUGCUUUAAAAAUUCUAAAAUUCUCAUGAAUUUCUCCACCAAGGAGGGAAUCCAACAUAGUCUCGAGAAUGUUUUGAUGAUAUUUUUGUUACAAGAAAUGUGACAAUAUAUUCGUCAUACGCAACACUUUCUUGCUCACUAUAACCACGAAAAGCUAAGACGUGUGUCAUUUAAUGUUUAAAACAAUCCACACUUGCAUUCAAAUGAGUGUGGUAUGCUACAGUCAAUACUUGUAUUCUUAGAGACACGUACGUUUCCUGAAAGACUUUGUCUUUUAUUUUAACACUUAACCUAAAAUUAUCCUUAAAUAGUAUUUAUUUUUGAAAAAAGGAGGGGCAUUAAAUAUAUUAUAGGUAGUAGUACUAAAGAAAUUUGCCCGAAGCGGGGGCGCUUGCCCCCUCAUGCCCCUCCCUAGCUCCUCCACUGGUUGCACACCCCCCCCCCCCCAGGCAUUAUUUUUAAUAACUCCAUAUUAAUUUUCUGUUUUGUUCCAUAAUGUGUGAAACAUGGGGUUGAUGUAGUGUUUUUGCGAUUCAAAAUAGGAUAAAACUACAUGAGAUGCUCAUUAUAAGACCAUGUUAUGUUUACAUAGUUGCAAUUCAUUUCCGGUACAAAAAGAAACACAGAUGUAAUGCAUAUUGAGCCAUUGGUAAUUUGUCGCCAGAAAUCGCCCAGUACCAUAUAUGGUAAGGCCUCG